AUGGCAUCCCCCCUGGAUCUCGACAACCUGAACUAUGUGCAUCUCAUACCGUACAACGGCUCUGGUCCCACAGGAGGAGAUUCUCUCACCGAGGAUCUGAACAUUUGGUAUGAGACUGGUGACAUCGCGUGGAUGAUUACGGCCACCGCGCUGGUGUUGCUUAUGAUUCCGGGCGUCGGUUUCUUCUAUUCAGGACUGGCGAGAAGAAAAUCAGCUCUCUCUCUCAUUUGGCUUUCCGUCAUGGCGACGGCAGUAACCAGUUUUCAAUGGUUCUUCUGGGGCUACUCUCUGACUUUUUCUCACUCCGCCGGCGCGUUCAUUGGCGAUUUGUCAAAUUUCGGAUUCAAGGAUGUCCUCGCCCAUCCCUCAGUUGGCUCAAGCCGCCUCCCCGACCUUCUGUUCGCCGUCUACCAGGGCAUGUUCUCCAGCAUCACCGUUGCUCUUGCGACGGGAGCCGUCGCUGAACGUGGCCGCAUGCUCCCCUGCGUUAUCUUCAUGUUCAUCUGGGCGACUGUCAUCUACGACCCGAUUGCUUGCUGGACGUGGAACCCGAGUGGAUGGUCCAACAAGAUGGGUGGUCUCGACUUUGCCGGAGGUACACCCGUCCACAUCGCGUCUGGCACGGCCGCCCUCGCCUACUCCAUGAUGCUGGGCAAACGUCGUGGUCACGGUACCCACGAGCUCAACUACCGGCCUCACAAUGUCACCCAUAUUGUCAUCGGUACCGUCUUCCUCUGGGUCGGUUGGUUCGGCUUCAAUGCUGGUUCGGCCCUCUCUGCAAACCUUCGCGCUGUCCUUGCCGCUGUUGUCACCAACCUGGCAGCUUGCGUCGGCGGUAUCACUUGGUGUGUGCUGGAUUACAGGUUGGAACGCAAGUGGUCUACCGUGGGCUUCUGCUCCGGUGUAGUUGCCGGUUUGGUCUCCAUCACCCCGGGAUCCGGAUAUGUCCCCGUUUGGGCGGCCGUGCCCUUCGGCGUUCUUGGGGCAGCCUUCGCCAACUACGCGACUAAGCUGAAGUUUAUCCUCAGAAUCGAUGACGCCCUCGACAUCUUCGCCGUUCACGGCAUCGGCGGUCUUGUGGGCAACAUCUGCACCGCCUUCUUUGCUGCCGACUACGUCGCUCACCUCGACGGCGUUUCCGAGAUUGAUGGCGGCUGGAUUAACCACAACUGGAUCCAGCUUGGGUACCAGUUGGCCGACUCCUUCAGUGGUGGCGCUUACUCAUUUGUCGGCACUUGCACCAUCCUGUUCAUCAUGAACAUGAUCCCCGGCCUUCGUCUCCGUGCUACCGAAGAGGCCGAAAUUCUAGGUAUCGACGAUGCCGAGAUUGGCGAGUUUGCGUACGAUUACGUCGAGCUUACCAGAGAAGUACUGAACGACAUGGACAACGAGGCUGCAAGCCGUUAUUCCAAUGAUAUGGCUUCUUUCCAGCCGAUAGAGAAGAACAACAGCAUUCCCUUGAUGGACGCCCGUAACUUUGCCGGAUCAUCACAAUACCCUUCACAAUUCGGACACGCCCAAUGA